ACUCUGCAUCUGAAAGCCCACUCCCAAAAAUUUCAGAGGGGAGACUGACUGACACAGUCCCUAUACAAUCAUUACCAUUCGGGCACCCCACUACAAUGAUAUGGUCUAUUCCAUCUCCAAUGAAUUCGUUGAACUCUUUUAACGAAUAUUCAUAUCAUAUUACUGGAAGCACAAGCCAACCAGUGAUGGCUCAAAUUGAAAAUGCACAUUCAACAAUUCCACCGACAAGCAAUCCACCGAACCUGUCUCCUAUCGAGUUUAGUUCCAAACAUUAUUCUGGUAUAAGUACAUCCCAAGGGAAAAGAUCAAACCACACUAACCAGGUUGAAGUUGUUGCUAAUAAGAGCGGGCAAGAAGGAAGUCUGCAGUCAAUAAUUUACCAGGGAUUAUCCACCAACACUCCAAAUAACAAUUUACCAGAGAUUUCUAGUGCUUCAAUGCCCAUUAUGAAUGGAUUGUAUGAUCCUCAGUACCAAGAAUUUGGCUUACCAGUUGAUCCUCAUCUUCGAUGCUUGAUGUUAAAUCCAAAUUUCAUGCAUGGCCAAGUGAAUCCCCGGUUUUCCAAGAAUAAUUAA